AUGUUCGGCGCCCCCACUAUCCCCCUCUCCCUCUUCUGGAUGGCAUACACCACGACCCCGCAUAUCUCGCCCUGGGUCCCCAUUGUCGGAUCCCUCCCGUUCGGGUUCGGCUUUAUCACAGUGUUUAUCUCGUGCUAUCAGUACCUGACGGACUGCUAUGGUAUCUGGUCUGCUUCGGCCCUGUCAAGUGUGAAGUUCGUGCGGUGUCUGUCCGCCGGUGGGAUGAUGUUGGCUUCGAUACCGCUGUAUGAGAAUCUGGGGGUGAAGUGGUCGUUGACUUUGCUGGGGGCUGCAUCUGCGGUGAUGGUGCCGGUGCCCUUUGCAUUUUAUAAAUGGGGGUAUGUGAUUCUGAGGAAGAGUAAGAAUGCGUUGGCUUAG